AUGGCGUACAAAACCUUUCUUCGGCGUUUUUCUUCUUCUUCUGAAACGGUUACGAAAACCAAACUCUCAUCUUCAUUCACAAAUUCAUGUAAAGUGACUACAACUGUACCACAAGAUUCAGUACAUAACGUUGAAGAGGUAGCGAGGCUUGAUCAAUUCCUUCAAAAAAAUUGUAAACAAGGUAAUAUCACUCUUGAUGAAGCACGCUAUUUCUUUCGUUUAAUGAUUCAUAUGCAACCCAAACCACCAAUUUUAUCAUUCAACCGGUUGUUUGGAGCUCUUGCUAAGAAGAAGUUUUAUGAAGACGUCAUUUCGCUUUACAAGCGAGUGUGUUCAAUUGGGUUGUUGCCGGAUCUUUUUACUUUGAAUAUUUUGAUUAAUUGCUGUUGUAAUGUGGGUCGAGUUUGUGAUGGUUUUGUUGUUUUUGGGAGGAUUGUGAGGUGGGGUUUUAACCCAGAUGCCGUGACUUUUAAUUCUUUGAUUAAAGGUUUGUGUUUGGAGAAUAGGAGUUUGGACGCUAUGAGGUUGUUCAAAAAAAUGGCUGUGUUUGGGGUUAGGCCUGAUAUUGUUUCUUAUGGUAGUAUUAUCGAUGGUGUUUGCAAAGAUGGGUUGGUUGAUAGGGCCAAAGAAGUUUUUUUGGAAAUGAAGAGUAGAGGAAUUAAGCCAAAUGUGGUCGUUUGUACCUCUCUAAUUUACGGUUUGUGUUUUGUGGGAAAUUUGGAGGAGGCUGUAGUUGUUUGUUUACUGAGAUGGCGGAUCAAGAAAACUAUUGCUGAGAUGAAAAUUUAUAAUGUCGCACCUGAUUCAUUUACAUAUAAUAUUUUGAUUGAUGGGCUAUGCAAGAAUGGCCGUGUUCUGGAGGCAGCAAAAUGGUUUCGUACUUUGGAGUACUAUGAGUUUAAACUUAGUAUUGAAAUCUAUAGCAGCCUCAUUGAUGGGUUGUGUGAAAAUGGAAUGAUCGAAUGCUGGGAGAUAUUUGACAAAUUGCCUCAAAAAGGCCUAAAGCCAGACGUUAUGACAUAUACCAUCUUAAUCAAUGGGUUUUGUAAAGAGGGAAAACUACGAAAGGAUAUGAUUGUGAUUUGA